AUGAAUUGGAAACUGGAUCUAAUAAUUGGGUCAAUGCAGCAAAACUAUUUUCGUCAGGAGACCAUUAUGUUUAUAUUGAUAUAAGUAAUAAUGAAGUCUUUCGGGGUCCACCUAACAAAACAACAAAUGGCAAAAAUCCUGGUUCAAGCGAGGAACUACAUAAACGAAAUCUUACAGCAGAAAUAAGAGUAACAAUCAGCGCUGGUGAUGGAAAAAAAUUUUAUCAUCGGCCAUGGAAUUCGAAUCCUGCUUUCUCUAAAGUGAAAUCUGUGGGUACCAUGUUUCUCCGGAAUUUUGUGAAUCCAUAUAAUUUUGCUGAAAUCGAGUUGACAGGUCAGUCCAAAAUUAAAAGGUUACCAACUAUAAGAGAUCAACUUUAUCAAGAGCUACGUAUAUAUGAUACUAAAAAAGAAAGUGAAACUAUCCCUGGAGAUCACAUAUGCCAUUCAGGGUUUGCUUUUAAUGGAUUUUAUUGGGAUGAAAAUAAAAGACAAUCUGAACGUUUGAUAAUUACAGAUAUACAAACCGCUAAAGAAGAUAUAGGUGGCCCUGUAUUUAUGUAUACUACAGAAGGUUUGAAUGUUGUAGAUCUAUUUGGCAUACAAGUUACUUCGG